CCUGUCCCCGGUCUGCUCCCCGGCUUCUCAGCAGCUGUUCCCGGACUGACUGACCGGCCGACCUCCGCCCGCUGCUCCCCGGGACUCUCCAGUAAAAUGGGCCUGACCAUCUCGUCCCUGUUCGCCCGGUUCUUCGGGAAGAAGCAGAUGAGGAUCCUGAUGGUUGGUUUAGACGCAGCUGGAAAAACCACGAUUCUGUACAAACUGAAGCUCGGAGAGAUCGUCACCACCAUCCCAACCAUCGGUUUUAACGUGGAGACGGUCGAGUAUAAGAACAUCUGUUUCACGGUCUGGGACGUCGGUGGUCAGGACAAGAUCCGACCCCUGUGGAGACACUACUUCCAGAACACACAGGGUCUGAUUUUCGUGGUGGACAGUAACGACAGAGAGCGAGUACCAGAGUCGGCAGAGGAACUCAACAAGAUGAUCCAGGAGGACGAGUUGAAGGACGCCGUUCUUCUUGUGUUUGCGAACAAACAGGAUCUUCCAAAUGCGAUGAGUGUCACUGAACUGACCGACAAGCUGGGUCUGAACAACCUCCGCAUCCGAACGUGGCACAUUCAGGCGACCUGCGCCACGCAAGGGACGGGUCUGUACGAGGGUCUGGACUGGUUGUCCAAUGAGCUGUCAAAACGCUAAACCACCGCACGCGAAACAGGAAGUGACAUGUACAAACGGAGGACGAGCGGUUCGCAGACUGUUUUUGUUUUUUAAAUUAUAAAUGUGUCGUAAGAGGAAGUGAUGUCAUGGACUCUGGGCUCACCUUCAUUUCCCAUCAUGCUCUACUCUUCUGUUCUUCCUGCAGAUGUUUGUUCGAUCUGUCUUUCUUUUAAUCCGCAUGUUUUAACUGAAUCAUGUGAGUGAAGGGAUCGGGAGGGGCGGGGCUAACGACAGGUGACAGUUACCACUGUGGGCGGGGCUACCAGCAGCUGACGGUGACCUGUCAUGUGAUGACUCAUUCCACAGAGCCGUCCCUGAACGCCUCGUCAUUCCUAAUUAAUGUGAAGAAGAAAUGGAGAUAAUGCAAUAAAGUGUUUUUUCUUCACUUGUUACCAGAUUUUUUUUUUCUCAAUUAAGAAAAUGUCAUUGAAUAAUUUUUAUCAUUUAUCAAAAAUCUGUUUAAACAAUCAUUUUUAAAAAUCUUUAUUCAGAGAAGUAUUUUUAAGGUUUGAAUGGAAUGAAGCUGAUGUUCGUGUUGAAGUCUAAUGACGUAAAAUAUAUUUUAAGAUUUAUGAGUUUUUAUGAUUUGUUAUAAAGUAACAUUAAAGUUAUAAUAAAAUAAAGUUAUAAUAUUGUUUUUCAGAUGUUUCUACAAUAAAGAAAGUUAAUCAUU